AGUAACAGACGAAGAAGAACGUUUUCAGACAUUUUUUCCCCUCCAAAGAUGGCGUCGACGCAGUUAACAGAUGAGGAGCUUUUUUCCCAGUUGAAGUGCUUUGGUUGCACUCCUGGCCCAAUCACAGAAAACACACGUCCGGUGUACGUAAAGAAACUGAAGAAGUUCCGUGAGGAGCAGCAGAAGCGGGGUAAAGGCCGUGGCAGCGGGACCAGCAGCAGCAGCACAGGGGCAUCAAGGCCAGUUAGACAUGACGUCAGGCGCCUGAGCUCCGGUAGAAGACCGGGCCUAAAGUCCUCUGUUCUUGGCUUCAGCUCUGACGAAUCUGAUGCUGAAACACCACUGAAAAGAAAGGGCCUGGAUCACCUCAAAAGAGCGAACCGAAACCCACCCGUUCAACAACAACAGCUGAAGAUUAGAGUGACUACGCCUGUUAACGAGGCUAACAAGAAGCACCACGGCGUUGGGACUACUCUAAAAAGCAAUUCAUUCCCGAGUCCAGGCGGACAGACAAGUGCAUCGUUAGGUUGGGAAAUUGGGAAGAGAUCUAGGCAGGAUCAUGAAUCCAGGGACGAAGACCUCAGUGAUGAAGAACUGCAGAAUUCCCACCCUGUAAAUGGCAGUAGUGCUGCUCGUGUGAACACAAGCAAACUAGCAGGAGAGUACUCUGACUCGGACGAGGAGGAAGUUGGGGGCCCAGGAGGCCCAGACCGAGACCGGAGGAGUUUGGAGCUGCGACGGAUUUACUCAACUGGGCCGUUUCUCUCCCAUGUAGACGGCAGAGGUUCUCGGAUCGGAGGAAAAAACUGUGUGCUUAAUCCGAUUGGGAAUAGAACCAUGGUAGGAGGCAGAGAAGAAGAUGAAGAAAAGGAAAGGAAAGGAGACUUGGACGCAUUGGGAGGGUCGCGGAGCCACAUGUUUCCCAGGAACUCAAUCUACGUCUCCCUCGAUGAGGACCACCAAAGUAAGACCGGAGAAAACAACCAUGUUAACAGCGAGGAGGGGACGUCCAGGAGUAACAGCGCCGGUAGGUUCAGCAUUGGGCUGAGACCACGUUUCCCCGGUUCCAGCAGCCCGACUCUGACCUCCAAGGGGGGCUAUCCUAAUCACAGCCCCGUUCCGAACCACGCAUACGGACCUGCAGCCCAGAAGAACAAGUUAGCUGUUCCUGAGGAUGAGCUCCUGCUGCAGUUUAAAAGAGAAGAGCAAGUCUCCUCUGGGAGCUUCAGUGCUCAUUAUCUGUCCAUGUUCCUGCUCACAGCAGCCUGCCUCUUCUUUCUCCUGCUCGGUCUCAUGUACAUCCGAAUGAGGGGCUCUGGAUCCUCGGGGGAGGAUGGCGUUAUUAAGAGCCACCCCUUUGGCAGCCACUUUGACAGCUUAUAUACUAAGGCAGAAAAAGAUGUGAUCCUAAAUCUGCUGCUCAGUCUUCAUGAGCACUUGGCCAUUGUUGCUGGGCAUCAUGACUGUGGAGACCAGCAGUAUCCGAAAAGGAGUCUGUCCAGAGAUGAGGUCACAGAGUAUUUAUUGGCCCAGAAUCGAGAUUGUAAAGAAUUUAUUGACAACUCUCUGGAGUGGAUCAUCCGUGCUGACCAGGAUGUUGGUAUAAGGCUGAGUGGGCUGAUAGCCGACGAUCCAGUGACAGAUGUGUCUGAGAUCUCUUGGUUAGAAUCCACACAUCCCAGGAUGCCGUUUGCAUGCCGCUUUCGCCGAGCCUUGCUCACAGUCACGAGCAAAGUCCUCCUCGUUGCUGUUGCUGUAGGCUUUGUGUGGAGUGUGGUCUGCUAUGUAAAGUAUCGCUGGAGGAGAGAGGAGGAGGAGACGAGGCAAAUGUACGACAUGGUGGAGAGGAUCAUUGAUGUAUUAAGGACCCACGGUGAAGCUUGCCAGGAGAACCGGGACCUGGAACCCUACCUGCCCAUCCCUCACGUCAGAGAUUCUCUGGUUCAGCCAAAGGAUCGGAGGAAGAUGCAGAAGAUUUGGGAUCGGGCAGUACAUUUUCUCUCAGCGAAUGAGUCCAGGAUCCGAACAGAAACGCAAAAGAUUAAGGGAGCAGACUUCCUGGUGUGGAGGUGGAUCCAGCCGCCUCUCAGUUGUGACAAGUCUAAAGUUUGGCAGGGAAAAGCUUUCCCUCUGGACCGGAGGAAUUCUCCCCCCAAUAGUCUGACUCCAUGUCUGAAGAUAAGGAAUAUGUUUGACCCAGACAUGGAGGUUGGUGACAGCUGGGAUUUAGCCAUCCAAGAAGCCAUCCUGGAGAAAUGCAGUGACAAUGAUGGCAUUGUCCAUAUUUCUGUUGACAAGAACUCUAAAGAGGGCUGUGUAUACGUGAAGUGUCUUUCUGCAGAGCACUCAGGAAAAGCUUUUAAAGCUCUGCAUGGCUCCUGGUUUGAUGGUAAGCUGGUGACCGUCAAGUAUCUGCGUCUGGAUCGAUACCACCAGCGCUUCCCACAAGCCCAGGGCUGCAACACACCCCUGAAAGCUUCCAGCCUACACCAGAACCCCACAAACACCAUACCCUGUCCGCUACAACACGGACCCCUGAACUCUUCAGGCUUCUCCUGAGAGGGCCCUGUUUGGCCGGUCCCUCCCUGUAUGAUAGAACUGUUGCUCUCUCAUUGAGGGAACACAGCAUAUUUGACGGAAACUGUUCAGUGGUGCAGAGUUUUUUAAAGACAAAGUUUAUAUUUCAAGUGUCAUAGAAUAAAAAAAAAAAGGCAAACUGAGUAUUAUCUUUGUUACUUUCCCAUAGUUCUUCACAACAGUGGAGUCAUACGUCCGCUUUCAGUACAACUCAAAUCUUUCCGACUUUCUGCUUGAAAUGUGUGAAUUAAAGCACAAGAUGGUCUGUAUGAGAAGUUGACAUUCUGAGCACAUUUCCUGCUUCUAACCACAGCAGAGUAUGUGUGCAUCUACAGCUAACCCUGAGAGUAUGCGACAGCAGCGUUUCAGUACAUUGGCAAGAAAAGCUGAUGAAACCACUUUGUUCAUUUUUAUGUAUGACCUGAUCUUCCUCGUGUGCCCUGCAGGGAAUGAGCAGUGCAUCAGAAAACCAAAAUCAGUUGGACACCUGACUUCUCCUCAGACCAAGAUUUAGUUCAGUAUACUUUCAAAGUAUAAUUUCUGACAGGAUUUAUUAGACUUCUUGCUUUUUGUUGCCUCGCUAAAUCCAGUUUCCAACAUAAUAAAUAAAUGCUGUAUGUUCUGAUUCUGUGAACGUGAACUCCAGGUCCGAGGAGACCACUAUUUAACUUGGGGCUACUUGUUCCUGCUGCCUCCUGAUUUUAUCAUUGCUUAUGUUUGGAUUAAAAAGCUGAUUAGUAAUGAUGUCAUCACUCUUUUAUUAAAGGACAGCUGUCACAUCUGAUCCUAAUUUCCAUGUAUCCCACACACUGCAAGGAUUUGAGGCACACUAAGCUCUGUUUCUGCUUCACCUCUGUAUUCCUAAAACAAUAGCAUAAGCUGAAACUUUUAAAUGCAGAUAAUAAAAUAUUGGACUCAGUUCUUGCUGUGUAAAAUUAUAGUUUUCAUAUUUGUGUUUGCUUGCUGCAGUGACAGUUUGCUGCAGAUGAUCCAACUGUGCCUUAAAUUGUGCUUUUUUUCAACUGGCACUGCAUUAGAGAAUGUACCAGAUAUAGAACAUGUUGAAAUUGUUUAGAGCAGAAAUGAGUCAAACAUAUAGGUCUUAGAUGGAAUCUUGGAAGUUGGCAUUUGUAGAAGUUUCAUUUGAUAUUAAACCAAAAGGUUCUAUUUAUUUUCAUUUUUAAUGAGGGUUCUGUACUAUUUUAAUGUCACUAGACCUGUUGUAUUUUCAUUAAAGAUUGACACUUGCUUUGUAUGAAUUGUCAGGAUGUUUAAGACAAAAUAAUAAAGUGAACACUUUAAGAAAUAAA